AUGAUGCCAUCGCUAGAUGUGGGAACCACCACGCUCCUGUUCCGGACGGCCAGGCCGGUCACCAGCGAUGAGUUCCUGCAGCACAUGGCAUCUGUGUGCGGCUUCGGUGGCCGGCGCCCCUUCGAUUUCGUGUAUUUGCCAUGGCCUCGCCUGGUCAUCAUCAAUUUCUCAAGCCAUCAGAUUUGCAGAGACGCAGCGGGUGCAAUGCUCGUCGACAAGAGUUACAUCACAAAAGUGCAAUCGGCAGCCUACCAGGGUCUCGUAGCAAACCUGGCGACUUUCUGUGCCAAAGGGAAGAAGGGCUCGGAGGGCAGCAAGCUCCCGCGCAUCUUCAUAGACGAAAGAGAGGUUUCCUUUGACUUCGCAGUGGCCUCCUUCUUAACGGAGGACGAGGUCCAGCAACAGAGGGAAGCUUUGAAGACUGAGAGCAAGGCGAAGGCUGAGAAGAAGCGGGGCAAGACAGAGUCCACAAGCACUCACGGAGCAGUGAAUACGGAGAAUGUUUUCUUCCCUCCUGCUCCGGAGCCUGGGACCGCGAUUGAGCAGCCUGCUUCCCAUCCUUCGUCAAGCACAACCAGUAAUCAGGGGCCUCCCGUUUCACAAUUCGUGGCUCCCCAACGUGCAGAUCAGAGUUCCUGCUAUGUAUCGGCUUCUUGGAAGGAAGGUCGGUGGAUCUUUGAACUCUGA